CACAGGACUCCGCAGCGGGACGUCACUCCGCGUUAGCUCCGCUUAGCUCCGACAUUUAGCCGCAAUGCUCUCCAUCACCGCGUCCGUCAUCAAACGCACCCGUGCCAUCCAGCGCGUGAGGCUGCUGCACGCUUCCUCUACGGUCAAAAUGCCCAUUAAGGUUGGUGAAAAUCUCCCCUCAGUGGAGGUCCAGGAGGGGGAGCCAGGAAACAAGGUGUCCAUGGAUCAGCUCUUCAAGGGGAAGAAGGGGGUCCUCUUUGCUGUACCCGGAGCUUUCACACCCGGCUGCUCCAAUACUCACCUCCCGGGAUUUGUGCAGCAGGCUCAGGAUUUGAAGAGUAAAGGUAUACAGGAGGUCGCUUGCAUUUCUGUUAAUGACGCAUUUGUCAUGGCUGCCUGGGGAAAGGCUCAAGGAGCAGAUGGCAAGGUUCGAAUGCUGGCUGAUCCAACCGGAGCUUUUACGAAGCAAGUUGACCUGCUGCUUGACAGUGAUCAGAUUGUGCAGGUACUUGGGAACAAGCGGUCCAAGAGAUAUGCGAUGUUGGUGGAAGACGGAGUUGUGAAGAAGCUCAACGUGGAGCCUGAUGGCACCGGGCUGACCUGCAGCCUGGCCUCCAACAUCCUGUCUGAGCUGUAGGCUAUUUUAAGGCAUAUUAAACCAAACUGCAAGCACUGAGCUCCCGUUAAUGUUGCACUAAGAAAUCCCAGUCCCACCAGUUUUAGCUUCCUCCUUCUCCCAAACACGGAUGCAAAAGUCACGCGGAUGCUAAUGUCAAAAACAGAGCUGAAAGGUUAUUAACGCGCACAACUAUGGCAUUCAUGGCAGUCCAAAGAAACGAGCAUCCUUCUCCGUAUACUGACACUUGUGAGUAAAUAAAAGUCAACCUGAAAGCGAUGAUCGCUUAUUUCCUGUAUUGCUCAUAGUGCGGGUUAUUUAGU